GGGGGGGUCAGGGGAGGUUGCGGGCGGCGCCUGCGCAGUGCGGCGGCCGAGUCAGUGUGUAUGUGAGACUCUGACGGGUUCAAAAUGGCGGCGGCGGCUUCUGUAAGAGGACAAAGGCGCAGGAGAGACCUGGAGGAAGAGGAGGAAGACAGCAGCCCUGGAGUGUCCUUCUCCCUCUCUUCAGAAGAGUCAGAGAUGGAGCCUGAGGAAGAACGGAUCCGUUACAGCCAAAGACUGCGUGGCACGAUGAGGCGGCGUUACGAGGACGAUGGCAUCUCUGAUGAUGAAAUUGAAGGCAAGAGGACGUUUGACCUCGAGGAGAAGCUGUCCACCAACAAGUUUAACUCCACCUUCGUGGUCUUCAUGGAAGGCAAAGACUUCACAGUUGAAUACAUCCAGAGGGGUGGCCUGAGGGACCCUCUCAUCUUCAGGAGCUCCGAUGGCUUGGGGAUAAAGAUGCCAGACCCGGACUUCAGCGUCAAUGAUGUGCGGCUCUGCGUUGGGAGCCGGCGGAUGGUGGAUGUCAUGGAUGUGAACACACAGAGGGACAUUGAGAUGUCCAUGGCACAGUGGGCACGUUACUACGAGACACCAGAGGCUGAGAGGGAGAAACUUUACAACGUCAUCAGCCUGGAGUUCAGCCACACCAAACUGGAGAACCUGGUGCAGAGACCUGCUACGGUGGAUUUGAUUGACUGGGUUGAUAACAUGUGGCCCAGGCACCUGAAGGAGAGUCAGACAGAGUCUACGAAUGCCAUCCUGGAGAUGCAGUAUCCAAAGGUGCAGAAAUACUGUCUGAUGAGUGUCAAGGGCUGCUACACAGACUUCCACGUGGACUUCGGUGGCACUUCUGUGUGGUACCACAUCCACCGAGGGGGAAAGAUCUUCUGGCUGAUCCCUCCUACACCGCAGAACCUGGAGCUCUAUGAAAACUGGCUUCUCUCAGGGAAGCAGGGAGACAUUUUCCUUGGGGACAGAGUGUCUGAGUGCCAGCGCAUCGAGCUCAAGCAGGGCUACACAUUUGUCAUCCCCUCAGGUUGGAUCCAUGCUGUGUACACCCCCAUGGACACACUAGUGUUUGGAGGCAACUUCUUACACAGCUUCAACAUCCCUAUGCAGCUCCGGAUCUACAGCAUUGAAGACCGGACACGGGUCCCAAAUAAGUUUCGUUAUCCCUUCUAUUAUGAGAUGUGUUGGUACGUGCUGGAGCGCUAUGUCUACUGCAUCACCAGCCGCUCCCAUCUCACCAAGGACUUCCAGAAGGAAUCACUCAGUAUGGAUAUGGAGCUGAGCUCCUCGGACUCGGUAAACAUGGAAGAGGAAGAGGAGGAGGAAGAGGAUGAGGAUGGAACAGGGAAGGAGCCCCGGCGACCGAUCACAAGGAGGUCCAUUCUCACCAGCCCCAUUGCCAACGGUGCCAAUGUGGACUAUGAUGAACUGGGCAAGAGCUGCCGGAGCAGCCUUCCAGGUCUGAAGAAGACCCCAUCUAUAGACUCUUCUGACUCCAGCCGGGGCUCCCAGAAUGGCCAGGCCUGUGAUCCCAAUGGAGGCAGCCCACGCAAGAGCAGGAAGGUGCAUCUGACCCAGUUUGAGCUGGAGGGGCUGCGCUGCCUCGUGGACAAGCUGGAGUCACUCCCCCUGCACAAGAAGUGUGUUCCCACCGGCAUUGAGGAUGAGGAUGCUCUCAUCGCUGACGUCAAGCUGCUGCUAGAAGAGUACGCAAACAGCGACCCCAAACUGGCACUUACAGGCAUCCCCAUCGUCCAGUGGCCCAAGAGAGAUAAGCUAAAGCUCCAGGCCCGGCUGCGGGUGCGCCUGCCCACCAUCCCCAUCACCAAACCACACACCAUGAAGCCAACCCCUCGCCCGACACCCGUCAGGUCCACGGUGUCUCCCAUCGUGUCCGGCGCCCGGCGGAGGCGGGUGCGGUGCCGAAAGUGCAAGGCUUGCAUGCAGGGCGAGUGUGGCAUGUGCCACUACUGCAGGGACAUGAAGAAGUUCGGCGGCCCUGGCCGCAUGAAGCAGUCCUGCGUCCUCCGGCAGUGCUUAGCACCCAGGCUGCCUCACUCGGUCACGUGUGCACUUUGUGGGGAGGUGGAUCAGAACGAGGACUCGCAGGACUUUGAGAAGAAGCUCAUGGAGUGCUGUAUCUGCAACGAGAUCGUUCACCCUGGCUGCCUGCAGAUGGAUGGCGAAGGGCUGCUCAACGAUGAGCUCCCCAACUGCUGGGAGUGCCCUAAGUGCUACCAGGGUGAUGACUCAGAGAAGGGACAGAAGCGGAAGGUGGAGGAGAGCGACGACGACACGGCGCAAGCCAAGGUGCUGCGGCCCCUGCGGAGCUGCGAGGAGCCCCUGACCCCCCCUCCCAACUCUCCCACCCCAAUGCUGCAGCUGAUCCACGACCCAGCAUCACCUCGGGGCAUGGUGACGCGCUCGUCCCCGGGAGCCGGCCCCAGCGACCACCACAGCGCCAGCAGGGACGAGCGCUUCAAGCGGCGGCAGCUGCUGCGGCUCCAGGCCACCGAGAGAACCAUGGUGAGGGAGAAGGAGAACAACCCCAGCGGCAAGAAGGAGCUGUCGGAGGUGGAGAAGGCCAAGCUGCACGGCUCCUACCUCACCGUCACGCUCCAGCGCCCCACCAAAGACGUCCAUGGCACUUCCAUCGUCCCCAAGCUGCAAGCCAUCACGGCUUCCUCCACCAACCUGCAGCACUCGCCGCGCGUGGUCAUGCGUCACGCACCCACCAGGAUGCCCCUGCGGGGCGGGGGUGAGGACGAAGCAGCCGCCGAGGAGGAGGAGGAGGAAGAGGAAGAGGAGGACGAGAACGCGGAGGAAGGGGGGGCGGCCCGGCUCAAUGGCCGAGGGGGCCGGGGGCAGGAGGGCGACGAGAGCUGCAUGCAGCGCGAGGUGUGGAUGUCUGUCUUCCGCUACCUCACCCGCAGGGAGCUCUGCGAGUGCAUGCGGGUGUGCAAGACCUGGUACAAGUGGUGCUGUGACAAGAGAUUGUGGACAAAGAUCGAUUUGAGCCGGUGCAAGUCCAUCACCCCACAGGCGCUGAGCGGCAUCAUCAAGAGACAGCCCGUCAGCCUCGACCUCAGCUGGACCAACAUCUCCAAAAAGCAGCUCACGUGGCUCGUCAACAGGCUCCCAGGCCUGAAAGACCUCAUCUUAGCGGGCUGUUCCUGGUCUGCGGUCUGUGCUCUCAGUACCUCCAGCUGCCCCCUUCUCAGGACCCUCGAUCUUCGGUGGGCAGUAGGAAUCAAGGACCCUCAGAUCCGGGAUCUACUCACGCCUCCCACAGACAAACCCAGUAAGCUGUUCCUGGUGGUGGUGGAUGACGAGGGUCCCAAUGGCUAUGGGGAGCUGGAGGAGGGUGACCUCUUGGGCACAGAGCAGGGAGGUGAUGCUGGAUCUGGAAUACCCCAGCGCAGCCGGGUGGAUAAGUCCCCGCUCAGCCUCUCCUCUCCCUCUGCAGGUCAGGACAAUCGCAGCAAGCUCCGGAACAUGAUCGAUUUCCGGCUCGCCGGCCUGGACAUCACGGAUGCCACGCUGCGGCUGAUCAUCCGCCACAUGCCCCUGCUCUCCCGCCUCGACCUCAGCCACUGCAACCACCUUACGGACCAGUCGGCCAACCUCCUCACGGCCAUGGGCUCUUCCACGCGCAACUCCCUCACCGAGCUCAACAUGGCAGGCUGCAAUAAGCUGACGGACCAGGCCUUGCUGUACCUGCGCCGCAUCUCCAACGUCACCCUCAUUGACCUGCGAGGUUGCAAACAGAUCACCCGCAAAGCCUGUGAGCACUUCAUCUCGGACCUGUCCAUCAACAGCCUCUACUGCCUGUCUGACGAGAAGCUGAUCCAAAAGAUCAGCUAGAGACCCUCCCCGGGGCAGACUGAGGAGAAGGAAAAAGAGCCCAUCCCACCCCUCUCGGAGAGCCGCUCCUCCACAUCCCCAUCCUUGCCCUCUGUGUCCUGCCGCUGCUUCCCAUCGGACUCGGCAGGCAGGGCCGCUGCUGGCCUCGCUCCACCGUCCUUCCUCCUCCUCCUCCCCCGGGACUUCUGCCGAUGAAGACGUCCCGCCAAGGCUGGCCAGUACCAGAGGAGGAACGGGCACAUGGCAGGGAGCCUCAGCCCGGAGGCUGGCCGCUCCCAAGGUGGAGGUUGAAACAGAGAUCUCUGUGCAGAGAAUUGGGGCACCCUCUUCCCCCCCCCCCCCACCAUCCCAGCUUUCCCCUUCCUCCCCGUUGUCUCCUCGCCUUGAAACACUUUGUCACUUCCCCGUUAGCACAAAGCUUGAGGGUCAAGGUCUCUCCGAGAAGCGGGAGCAGAGCUGGAACAAAACGUCCCCCUCCGUGCCACAACCAGGUCAUCGCUUGCCCCUGCGCUCUCAGCCCCAUCACUGCUCCCCUCAUCCAGCUGCAGGGGCUGGGGUCCAAGCUCCUCCUUCUCGCACCGCUCUCCUGCAUCCCGGUGGCUCUGACAGCGAGGACUGGAGCCCCACAGCACCGGCCAGGACUUGGGGAGGGGGGAGCUUUGCAUCCUGCUCUUCCCAUCGCCCGGGGAGGCGAGGCUGGGGGACAACGCGCUUCCACUCCGGGCCAGCGCCAGCCUUCCCGGAGCACCGCCUGUCCCCAGCGCAGCCCCGCACCGAGGCGAUGGCCGGGGCCGGAGCAGGGGCCACCCUACAGGUACACCAGAGCUCAGGGAGGACUCGGGAAGCAUCAGCCAGGGGUGAGUGAGCUCACGAACGAGGGGAGGACAAAGAGCUGCCUCCUCUUCCUCGCCACCUCCUCUCCGCGUGGCCCAGCAUCAUGAAGCACUCUAGGGGCCACCAUGGCCAUGGUUGGAAGGGGGGUGAAGGCUGCUCUGUCUUAACCCGGGGCGCUGCGGCCUGGGACCGAACUGGCACGAAUGUCCCCGCUGCAUCGUCCUCUCUCCUUCCCCUCACCCCACUUUUCGCUGCCGUUUUUCCUUUGCAAUGAAUGGUCGGUCCAAAGAACCUCUCUCUUGGGCAGCAGAGAGUUUUUUGCACUUUAAAAAGAAAAAAAAACAAGCAAACAACAAAAACAAAAAAAAAAAAGACAAAAAAAAAGA